GCGUGUCCGCUGGUAUUGAGGUGGUACUCUGGCUGUGGGCAGUAGGCAGCUGGACCAAGGAGGAAACGUGAAGAAUCUGAAGCUAUCCGGAAGCUCUGCGGAGAGUAUGGGAAUAGGCACCACGGACCAAGAGUUUCAGCCUUCAGAAUAAUUGCGAUGCCUGCCCCCAACGUUUUUUCAUGGGCGUCCCGGUCUUGGACUACAUUUCCCAUUAUCCUCCGCGGCUUGAGCGCUCUCUGACAUCUAAGGACUCUGUCAUUUCCCAAGAGAGAAACCUGGAGAAAGACCCAUCAGCCCUUGAACUCCUGAAAGGCAUGCCCCCUGGUUCAGACCUGUUCAGGGAUGUGGCCAUAAUUUUCUCCCAAGAAGAAUGGGAGUACCUCGGGCCUGGUCAAAGGGUCUUGUACAGAGAUGUGAUGCUGGAGAACUACAGCCACCUAAUCUCACUGGGUCUUGCCAUAUCCAAACCUGAUGUGAUAUCCAUCCUAGAGCAAGGAAAAGAGCCGCGGAUAGAGGAAAGGGCUACAGCAGGAGGGCUGUGUUCAGCACUGGAAUCUGGAUAUGGUACCAAAAUAAUGUCCUCAAGUCAACAAAUUCAUGAAGUGGAAUUGCCACACUGGGAGAAAACAGAAAGCCUUACAAGCUUCAGCCUUGAGAGCUCAAGUCUCCCAGAUGACUGGGAAGGCAACAGCCUGUUUAACAGACAACCAGGAAGUCCAGACAGAAAUGCCAGUCCACUGUUAAUCAGUCAUGAAGAAAUACCUGGAUUAAACCAGCAAGCAUCUCUUACUUUUUACCAGACAAAGUCCUGUAGAUAUAAAAAAUGCAAAAAAGACUUUUGGGAAGAGCAGUUCUUUAUUAACCAAGGAAUUCAUACUAAUGAGAAACCCUACAAAUGUAGGGAAUGUGGGAAGACCUUUAAAUAUGGUUCACGACUAAUCCAGCAUGAGAAUAUUCAUUCUGGCAAAAAGCCUUAUGAAUGUAAAGAAUGUGGGAAGGCCUUCAAUUCUGGUUCAAAUUUCAUACAACACCAGAGAGUUCAUACAGGGGAGAAACCUUAUGAAUGUAAAGAUUGUGCUAAAGCCUUCAGUCGAAGCUCACGGUUGAUUGAGCAUCAGUGAAUCCAUACUGGGGAGAAACCCUAUCAAUGUAAGGAAUGUGGCAAAGCCUUCAAUCGGAUCUCACAUCUUAGGGUACAUCACAGACUUCAUACUGGUGAGAAGCCCUAUGCAUGUAAGGAGUGUGGGAAAACCUUUAGCCAUAGGUCUCAGUUGAUUCAGCAUCAGACUGUUCAUACUGGCAAGAAACUCUUUGAGUGUAAAGACUGUGGGAAGGCUUUUAACCAAGGAUCCAGUCUUAUCCGACAUCAGAGAAUUCAUACUAGGGAGAAACCCUAUGGAUGUAAGGCAUGUAGCAAGACCUUUAGAGUGAACACACAGCUUAAGCAACAUCAGAGAAUUCACACUGGAGAGAAAACCUACCAGUGUAAGGUUUGCAGUAGGGCCUUCAAGUGGGUCUCACACCUCACAGUACAUUGCAGAAUUCAUACAAGUGAGAAGCCAUACGAAUGUAAGAAGGACCACAAGGUGGUCCAUUCCAAGGAAAAGCCCUACAAGUAUAAGGGAUAUGGAAGGAGCAUAAAUCAUGAUUCAACUACUGUUCAGCAUCCGAGACUGCAUAAUAGAGAAACGUGUGAACAUAACAAAUGUAGAAAAGCCAUCCCUUGGCACUUACCCACUAUUAAUCAUCAGGGAAUUUGUGCUGGCAAGCAACCACUCAGGACACAGUUGUUCUCAAAGAGAGAAACCAGGAGGAGACAAGAAAUGACCAUUGAACUAAUGAAAGCCAUGUCACAGGAUGUGGUUACAUUCAAAGAUGUCGCAAUAGACUUUUCUUGGGAGGAAUGGGAGUGGCUGAAUCCUUCUCAGAGGACUUUGUACGGGACUGUGGUGCUGGAGAACUAUCAGAACUUGGUUUCAGUGGGAGCUUGCAUUUCCAAACCAUAUCUGAUCUCCUUAUUGGAGCAUUGGAAGGAGCCUUGGGAGGUGAAGGGUGAGUUGAUCAGAAGCACAUUACAAGAUGGCGAAUCUCUACAUAAGACACAAGAAUUAUCUCUGAAGCAAUUUGUGUUUGAUGAUGUGUCAGUAGAGAAAAUUACAAGUUUCGGUCAUGAGUGUCCCACUUCUGGAAACAAAUGGAAACAUAAAGACCUUUUUGAUAGACGGAUGAUGAAUCAAGAAAUAUUUAACAUAAAAGAAAGAGUCACUCAUAAAGAAACUCACACUAAAGAAAUAGGCUACAAAAACACCAAAUCUUCAAAAUCUGCCCAUCUGGAUAGUGUAGAAGAGAAUAUUUAUAGUCACAACUUAAAUAAGAAAAGCUUUUCCAAAAAUCCCAAGGUACAAAGAUACAAGAAAAUCUGGUCAGGGAGGAACAUUUUUAAAUGUAAUGAAUGCGAGAAAACCUUCACACAUAGCUCAUCUGUUACUGUUCAUCAGAGAAUCCACACUGGUGAAAAACCAUAUAAAUGCACAGUCUGCAGAAAGGCGUUCAAGCAGAGUCACCACCUUGCUCAAACGACACAUACCCACGAAAAACCCUAUGAGUGUAAGGAAUGUAAGAAAGCCUUUAGCCAGAAUUCAUACCUUAUUGAACAUCAAAGAAUCCAUACUGGAGAAAAAUCAUUUAAGUGCAAGGAAUGUACAAAAUCCUUCAGGCAGCCUGCACACCUGGCUCAGCAUCAGAGGAUUCACACUGGGGAGAAACCGUAUCAGUGUAAGGAGUGUGGGAAGGCCUUCAGGGACAGUUCUACCUUUGCUCAACAUCAGAGAUGUCACAAUGACAAACGACCCUUUCAGUGUGUUGAGUGUGGGCAAGCCUUUAGGUACAACAUGUCCCUUACUCGUCACUUUAGACAUUAUCAUACUGGAGAGAAGCCAUUUGAUUGCACUGAUUGUGGGAAAGUCUUCAGUGUUCACAUAGGACUUACCCUGCACAGGAGAACUCACACCGGAGAGAAGCCUUACAAAUGUAGUGUGUGCAGGAAAGCCUUUCGUAGUGGGUCAUCCCUGACUGUGCACCACAGAGUUCACACAGGUGAGAAGCCCUACAAGUGUGAUGUAUGUGGGAAAGCCUUUAGCCAUAGCAUGUCACUCACUGGCCAUCAAAGAGUACAUUCUGGAGAGAAACCUUAUAUAUGUAAGGAGUGUGGGAGCUUUCGGCAGAGUGUACAUCUUCUUGUUCAUUCAAGAAUUCAUACUGGAGAAAAACCCUAUGAAUGUAAGGAAUGUGGGAAAGCUUUUAGGGAAAGUUCACACUUGACCACUCAUCAGAGAAAUCACACAGGAGAAAAGCCUUUUGAAUGUAAGCAGUGCGGUAAAUUUUUCAAAAGAAGCACCUGUCUUGCCAGACAUCAGAAAAUCCGUACAGGAGAGAAACCUUAUGAGUGUAACGAAUGUGGUAAAACCUUCACUUAUACUGCCUACCUUAUCAGACAUAAGAGAGUUCAUACUGGAGAGAAACUUUAUACAUGUGCUGAAUGUGGAAGGGCAUUUGGUGAUGGCUCAUCCCGUGCUCACCAUCAGAGACUUCACACAGGUCAGAGGCCUUAUGUCUGUGAUAAAUGUGGAAAGGCCUUCAGAACAAAGUCAUCCCUUAAUUGUCACCAAAGAUGUCACACUGGAAAGCUUAAAACUGUAUACCUAGUGGCAAACCCUUAGCUACUGAGAAACCUUUACCAUUUAUCAGUGACUCUAACUUUCAACCAGAUUGUUCACUUUAUUCUACGAGGAGUUGUAAGGAAUGUGGAAAAGUCUUCAGCAGUGUUCUUAAACCAUCCAUCCUUGGUGAGUUCUCCAUGCAGUCUCAUCUCAGGCAUUCCCCUGUAUCUAUACCUGCUAAGUAUUUCCAUUUAUUUUUCUUCCCAUUAGCCUGAUCCAAAACACAAUUAUUUUACUUGGUGCCUGUAAUUGGUCAUGUUUCCUUCAAGUUUAUUAUUCAUUUUACAGUCAGGGAAACUUUUAAGAAUAUAAAUGUUCUUUAUAUGCCUCUUAUAAGACUCAUUGCCAAGUGUUUAUUUAAUGCACAUGAAAUGCUUACCAACAGGAGUGACUAUGUUAAGUUUGGGUGCAGAGCAUCCCUCCAGCAAUUAGGAGAUACAUCAACACAGAAUACAGAGGCUACACAGAGCUAAUGGAACAUGAGGGGACGUCCCUGAGCCAAUGCUUUCUUGGGUCCAGGGGUACAGAUUUUCUUUGUUGAGUUGAAACAAGCAGGCAUAAGUUCUGGGAGGUCGUCUUAUGUGAAAAGUGAUCAUUGUGGCCUAUGUGUCCAGUCCAUUUGUAGUAGUCCAUUUAAGACAAGUGGUAGGAGCAGGGAGCACAAUUAGACAGUGGAAAUGCUUUUGAAUUCUUGCUCUUGGCACUAGCUUUGAGCCAUUUGUGGAUGGUGUGAUACUAGAAAGUGCCAAGAGUGACUGAGCUAUACUUCUGGCAUGGGAAAGUUAAAACUUUAAUUACGUAGAUAUCAAGAGAACUUAAAAUUCUAGGACCUCUCCAUACUGACCCAUAGGGGGUGCUUAGAAAAUGUGUUACACUAGAAAUUAGAAAUGUUAUUUGUAAACCAUGAAUUCUGGAACUUGGAAUAUGGCUUAGGUGAUCAUAAAAGUUUAGAAUAUUGAGAAUGUCUUCAGGUGGGUGGAUUAGCAUGUGCCGUAUGUUUAAGGUUUAAUGAUAUAGCGACUUUCUAAUGAUGCUCAAGGUUAUGUUUCCUUAUUGGUAAAGAAAUUAAAUAUGGUGUGAUUUGCAGAAUCUGUUUUAGGAAGUGCCUAGAACUUUGAAUAAGACUGGAACAAAAAAAUUAGAAUUUAUUUGGGAAAAUAUAUGCAAUCGUAUAUAUAGUCAAGGCAAACAAAACAAAACAUUUUUAAUGUUUAUUAAGAAACCCCUGGCAGAUAAUGCUAGCUAAAAUAGUGAGCUCCAGGGUCACCGUGAUAUCUUAUCUCAGAAUAUAAGGUGGAAGGCAAUAGACUCCCAAUAUCGACUUCUGCUGUCCACACAUGCACACAUGGGUGAUCACACCCACAAAUGUGCACAUAUGAAUACAUCUACAAAUAAAUAAAAAUAAAAUUUAAAAGGGGA